CUAAAUGGAACGAUGUCAAAACCAACGAAGAAGGCGACGAAGGAAAAAAGUUGCAUUUUGUGAGUCCGGCGCGUAGAAAAUCAGUGCUGGCGCCCAUUUUGAAUAAAAUAAAGAAUGGUACCGAUGCGCUGGAUGCUGACAAGAAGGGUAACGGUGGCAUUGGUGGACUCGGCGGUACAGUUGGCGGCGGUGGAGGAGGUAUUAAUGGUGUUGGCGGCCUAUUGAGUAGUGGCGCUAGUGAUAACAAUAGUCAUGUAACGGUACAAAUUGAACCGGCUAAAAAGGUCAAGCGUCACAGCAUACACGGCAUGAUGGAGGAGGAGAACAUAGUGCGGCCACAUCAGGAGAUCCGCCAAUUAACCUUGGAGGAGAAGAAGUUUCUGUUGGCGGUGGAGCGCGGUGAUAUGGCAGGAACACGAAGAAUGCUACAAAAAGCACAAGAUACCGACUAUAUCAAUGUGAAUUGUGUUGAUCCUUUGGGACGCACCGCUCUACUCAUGGCUAUCGACAAUGAGAAUUUAGAAAUGGUCGAAUUGCUCAUCAGUUAUAAUGUCGAUACGAAGGAUGCGCUUUUGCACUCGAUCUCAGAGGAGUUUGUGGAGGCGGUGGAGGUGCUUUUGGAUCAUGAGAAUGUCAGCUUUCAUACGGAGGGUAACCAUAGCUGGGAAUCCCAAUCGGAGGAUACCUCAACAUUUACACCCGAUAUAACGCCACUUAUUUUGGCCGCCCAUCGUGAUAACUAUGAGAUAAUCAAAAUUUUAUUAGAUCGCGGAGCUGUACUGCCAAUGCCGCAUGAUGUAAGAUGCGGCUGUGACGAAUGUGUUCAAUCACGCCAAGAAGAUUCACUGCGACACUCACGUUCACGCAUUAAUGCUUAUCGUUCGCUGGCCAGUCCCAGCCUUAUAGCAUUAUCAUCGAAGGAUCCUAUUUUAACUGCAUUUGAAUUAUCAUGGGAAUUGAGACGUUUAAGUUUCCUCGAACACGAAUUUAAGAAUGAAUAUCAGGAAUUGCGUAAACAAUGCCAAGAUUUUGCCACCGCUUUGCUCGAUCACACACGCACCUCACACGAAUUGGAAAUCCUAUUGAAUCAUGAUCCCACCGGUCCAAUCUAUGAACAUGGCGAACGUAUGCAUUUGAAUCGCUUGAAAUUGGCAAUCAAAUUGCGUCAGAAAAAGUUUGUGGCACACUCCAAUGUGCAACAACUCUUGGCGAGUAUUUGGUACGAAGGUCUACCGGGAUUCCGACGCAAGAAUAUGGCACUGCAGGCAUUGGAUAUCAUAAGAAUCGGUAUAAUGUUUCCGAUUUUCUCAUUGGCAUACAUCUUGGCACCCUAUUCCAGUAUUGGUCAGACAAUGCGUAAACCAUUUAUAAAAUUCAUAUGCCAUAGUGCCUCCUACUUUACAUUUCUUUUUCUACUGAUGCUCGCUUCACAGCGUAUUGAGACCUUUAUUGGCGGCUGGUUUUGGAGUGAUUCGCAAAACAUAAUCGCAGAGGUGGAAGAACUGCCAACGAAACGUGGCGCAAAACCGACUUUCAUCGAGUGGCUUAUAUUGGCCUGGGUUUCGGGACUCAUUUGGAGCGAAGUGAAGCAGCUGUGGGAUGUUGGACUGCAAGAGUAUCUCAACGACAUGUGGAAUGUUAUCGAUUUUGUAACGAACUCACUUUAUGUGGCCACUGUGGCAUUGCGGGUGGUGUCUUUCUUUCAGGUGCAAAAAGAAAUGAUCAUUAAUCCGAAUGCCACCGAUUUGCCGCGUGAGCGUUGGGACACCUGGGAUCCAAUGCUCAUCUCGGAAGGCCUCUUUAGUGCGGCAAACAUUUUCAGUAGCCUCAAAUUGGUAUACAUCUUUUCGGUGAAUCCACAUUUGGGACCACUGCAAGUGUCCCUGUCGCGUAUGGUUAUGGAUAUCAUGAAGUUUUUCUUUUUGUACGUACUUGUGCUAUUCGCCUUCGGCAGUGGCUUGAAUCAGCUGUUGUGGUACUAUGCCGAUUUGGAGAAGAAACGUUGUCCUGAAGUUUCUCCCUCAAAUGUGCUCAUCACCAUGAAUGGCACUACAGAUCCGAACGCUUGCAUUGUUUGGCGUCGCUUUUCAAAUCUGUUUGAGACCACUCAAACCCUCUUCUGGGCCGUUUUUGGCUUGAUCGAUUUGGAUAGCUUUGAGUUGGAUGGUAUUAAGAUUUUCACACGCUUUUGGGGCAUGUUAAUGUUUGGCACGUAUUCCGUUAUAAACAUAGUGGUGUUGCUUAAUUUACUCAUUGCUAUGAUGAAUCAUUCAUAUCAACUAAUAUCGGAGCGUGCCGAUGUUGAAUGGAAAUUUGCGCGCUCGAAACUAUGGAUAAGUUAUUUCGAAGAAGGUGGUACCUGUCCACCGCCAUUUAAUAUUAUACCGACACCAAAAUCUAUUUGGUAUGUGUUCAAGUGGGCGCGUAGAGUUUUCUGCAGUGGAUCGUCGGCGGCCAGACGAGAGCAUCUGAAGACCAUAAGGCGCAAAGCACAACAAGCAAGUGAUCGUGAUUUCAAAUAUCAGCAAAUUAUGCGCAAUUUAGUGCGGCGUUAUGUAACUGUGGAGCAACGCAAAGCCGAGUCACAAGGCGUUACCGAAGACGAUGUGAACGAAAUCAAGCAGGAUAUAUCGGCAUUCCGUUGUGAAUUGGUAGAGAUCUUGAAGAAUAGCGGCAUGGAUACAAAUGUAACAGCGGGACAAGGCGGUGGUGGCGGCAAGAAGAAUCGCCAGAAGGAGCGACGUCUCAUGAAAGGCUUCAACAUUGCACCACCCGGUUCGACGGGUUCACUAGCGCCGGUUGCAGAGUUUUCAACCUCUUUAGACAAUUUCGACUCGCAACACGAAAUACUCAGCUCUACGCUAUCGAAUCUUUUCAAUUCAAAUUUCAUACAAAAGAAUCAUCAGAACGGCCAUACAAGCGGUAAAGAAUCACCAACAAAUGGUAGUACACCAACAACUACAACUACAAUACAAACCACAACAAAAUACAAUAAAUCAGCAUUGAAACCGCACAACAAACGCAUUGCGGGUCAUAAAAAACGCUGGGGCACACUCAUCGAGGCCGCUAAGGUGGGCAAUGUCUCGAAAAUGUUGGGACGCUCCAAAUCUGAAGAUUCGGUCUGCAACUCUUCUGCCAACUCAUCGCCCGUACAUGGUCAAGUUCAUGUCACAUAUGCGCAGAAUUCCGCUCAGCAUUAUUUAAGCAAUGGUGAACCAGCGGUCGGCAAUCGUCAUGCCAACAACCACAACACACCUACACACAAUCCACCACGCGGCGGCACAUUUAUGAAAGAGCACAGCAGCAGCUUAAAUAGCGGCAGCGGUAACAGUGUCAGCAGCAGUGGUGGUGGAGCAUCGCACUUCUUUCAUACAACAACUGGUCUAACUGCCAUAGCCGCUUUGAAAAAGAAGCGCAAGAAGUUCUCAUCAAGCAAAAAUAUUUGCCCCGUCAACGAAUCCAUGUCCGCUGCCAAUGGCGCUGAGGCAGCAUUGAACGACAAGUCGCUUAAACGCGUCUCCAGCUAUCCAGCAUCACAUACUGAUGGUGUCACGCCAGGUGGCAAGGAUGCCAUGAUCAUCGCCAAACCGCGUCGUCAUGAACAGACACAAAGUCAACAUGACUCUGUCGAAACGUCGACGGAAUUUACACUCUCCUCCAGUGAGGCACAUCAUUUGGAUCCAUCCAAUACGUCCGUCAAUUCGCGUGAACCAUUAAUAAGUGGCAGUUAUGCAUCGACUAGUAUAAUGGGUUAAAUAUUUACAUAUAUAACGUAUAUCAA